CACUACCACGCGCACCUCAAUUUCGCCGUUUAAUAGACCGAGAUAGACCGAAUGGGCUUUUCCCCUGAUUUCAGCACUGAACAGCUCCUCUGAGAUGCCAUGGACAGAAGCGCUGUCGAAUCCAACGCGCCUGAAAGCAUUGAAAUCUCUAAAUGCGUCUAUUGUUCUCUCGUACAAGUGUUGAUUUCUCGCAGACUCAGCUGACGGGACGGAACAGGCGCAGCUUUCCGUGACACGGGUGGCAACAAAAGCGCGUCGUGUCUUCCCUCUACAGAUCGUUACCUGCUAUACUCUGUAAAUCUGCGUGAAAAACGGAACAUAUGCGUGUAGGAAUGAGCUUGCUGGUUACUGUGGCCUUUUGAGGUUAUCGAUACGUCAUCACGAUCUGUGAGGGAUUGGCCGCUUUUCUGCUCCCUUUUUUUUAUUUCUUUCCCACAAUUUGCAAACGCGGUCAGUGCUCGCCUCCGGAGCGGCAGGAUUCCCACAGCUGGGGAAGGGUGCCUCCCGAGGGAAUCUUCAACUCAUUUUGUGCAAGAGGAAUGAGCGCAAUAUAGAGGCAACGGUGACACAAGGACUAGAAAUUCGCCGUCAGCGGAAAGUCGUCCUGGUUUUUCUUUCUUUUUUUUCUGAGGAAUACGCUUUUUUUAAAAAAACAGAACUAAAUGAGCGCCGGGUCCUCCGAAAGCCUGGCGCUUUCGAUCCCACCGUGCACCUCCAAUGGCACGGCGCGCGCUAACGGCACGUGCGCCGACCCCACCGACCCGCUCUUCCGCUCAUUUUCGUCCACGAUGGUGCUCCUGGUGCUUGUGGCGAUGAUCGCCGGCACUAUCAUGGUCUCCCUCGUCACCUUUCACCUGCACAAGAGCAAGAUGAGGAAGCGCAAAAUGCAGAAAGCGCAGGAGGAGUACGAGCGCGACAGCGGCCGCCCCAAAGCCGUGCGAGGGAAGCCGGCGACCAGGCACUGCGUUAUGGAGAGACCUACAGCAGUGCAGAAAAGCGACCUGAACGCGAAAAGAUCGGAUAAAGGAGCCACCGGCAGCGCAGGUACCCUGGAGAAAGAGUGCACGGAUAGUACGGGACAUACGAGCCAGACGCGUGGCGAUCACCUGUUGGAAUCCGUCGCGGUGUCUUGAUUAACGCGGUGCCAACCCAAUGAUCUGACCCUGUAAAUACAUCCCGUGUUUUCGUAUAAUUUAAUUACACGGGAAGGGGGGGAUACCUCUGUACGCAUGAACAGUGCUAAGUCUUCUUCAGCUUCAGGAGGGAGGAGCCCGGUGGAAACAAUGGACGCGUGCUUCAAGACCAAUAGAUUUAUAACGGUUUAUAAGAUAGUGUGUCAGGAUUGUAUAGAUCUCCUUAUUUCAUUCAUUCAUGACUAGGCGGUCUCCAUUGCUAAACCAAGGAGUUGCCUCAUUUUUUGCAUUUAAGAGCCUAAAAUUUCAUCUGGACCGUCACCAUUGAUGGAUGGUGUGCACCAAACUGUAAUAUAUGAUUAGGAGUAGGAGACAUGCUGGAUGAUAUUUUUCUUGCCGAAAGUCAGGUAUGACUUUAUGAUUGAAUUGAGGAGUAACGCAAACAACUAGCCUUGGAGACUUCAAUGUAGAGUUCUUCCUUAUACAUCCACAUCCAUAUAUUUUAGAGUAUUUUCAAAAAGCAUGUUCAGCAAGGUCCCCAGUGUUGAGAUAACACCCUAAAUAAAGGAAUUUGGAUUGACCUACUGGGCAUAAGUACAAAUUAACCCACUGGGCACAUGCAACCUAGAGAACCACUGGAAACCAUUAAAGUGCUAAACAUGUUAACACUUUAGACAUCAUUGGGACUUAUUUCCUAAAGUCUUCAUACAAAAUUAAUCUUCAGGACCCACUAAAGUGCUAAACAUGGCAUCUUUAAGGAUUAAUUCCUAAUAUAUCACUUCCAUGAAGACAACUUAAAACAUUUCUAAGGAGUGCUGUGUUUUCACCUAAACUAAACUGAGAGCUAGUCUGCAUGCCCACUGGGAAAAUUUGAACACAUACAUUUCUCAUUUGCAUCUAGAAAGUAUAACCCAAUAUGUAGGAACAUGUUAUAAUACAACACUGUGGAUUUUGUUGUACUUCUUUAUUAUAGCUGUCUAUUUUAGGAAAAAUAACGUAUGUAUCAAUAUUAGGCUAAAUUGUGAUUUAAGUUUAUGUCAGAUAGGCCUAAGGUCAGGGGAGAGUUGGGAACUUAAUCUGGGAGAUUGGCAUGAAGAACUGUGGUAGUUUUUAGCCCCCUUUCCCUAAGACUGUUAGCGCACUAUUGCAGCUCCUAGUGGUAGUAUUAAAAGCAUCUUCAUGUUUUGGUCACAGUGCCGUAUUCCCAUAGCGAUAUACAAUAUAUAACCAGAGGUAUUUUAGUUAUGUAUUACGCUACAGCUUUUGAUCAUUGCUUUCUUCUUUGCAUUUUUGCUCAAGAUUAAUCUAAAACUAACAAUUAACUAUUUUAUCAUACUAUGAUUAUAUCUAAGGAAUGUCAUUUAAAAUCUACAGUGAAUAAGACAUUUUCAAAAUUUAUUCUCUGUAUUUCCUUGACGUUGUGUUUAACCAUAAGGAGACAUUCAAGACAACAUUGUAAUGAAAACAGGUAUUAUUUUAUUUUAUUUUUCAAUGCCUACUACUUUGAGGUAACAAUAAAGAAUUGUGAAAAUA